UUUUACUCUGAAUUGUGUUUGAUUGUUUCGGGACAGGAACAACCAUGGCCAUCAAGUAUUGGCAACAGCAGUAUCAGGAAGUUUGGACUACUGAAGAGACAUAAUAUAUUUGUUUCCCGGAGCACAAUAACAGGGUGUAAUUUUUGUUUUUAUUUUGGGACUUCCUGUUGUUUUAUCUUUUGUAUUUGUCUCUGGAUUUUGUGAUGCCUCUGCAGAAGAUGGAGCAGAGCUCAUGCACAGAGGACCGUAUCCAGCAUGUCCUUGAGCGUUGCCUUUGUAACCUGGGUCUUGACAAGCCGGACAAAGAACUCUGGAACGCUGGACUGUGCAUAAACCGCUGGUGUUUGGAGGAACUUGUGAAGAGAGAUGCCCACAACUUCCUCAUCCUUCUGCAGAGAAUACUGAGGAAAACAAAAGAGGUGUUAGAGCAGUGUCAGUAUGAACUGGUGGUACCACUCUCUCUCUUGUUCUCUUCAACCCUCCUCAAAGCUCCUUACGUGGGCCCAGACUGUGGCGUGCUGUGGGAGGCCUACCUGUUGUUCCAUAGCUUCCUGUCCUGGCCUGAGCCUUGCUGCUCUGCCAGUAAACGCCUGCUAAAUAUCAUCCAGCAGGAGCUCAAAGCACCAGGCAUUUCAUUUCAAAGACUGGUGAGGACAGAGCAGCAGUUUUCCCCUGAGAUUCACAACUCUAAAACCAUGACCGUACUGUUAGUGAGCCCAGAUGAAGACAUCCCUCCAGAGGUCCAGUCUGUCUCUGAGCAGCUGAGUAGCACCCAGCCCUCCAACAGAGAUGUCACGGUCACCCUCAUCCGACACAGCUUUCAGGCUACUUUGGGCAACAAAUAUGAUCUGCAGGCACUUCACACUCUCCUGCAGACAAAGCAGCCUGAGGAGUUGGAGCAGAUCCUGGAGUCAGUGACUGAGAGCAUGGAGAUAGCAGCCUCCACAGCUGAUCUCAGCAAAGCGAGACAGGGUCUACUAAACAGCAUGGAGAGGCUGAGAGAAAGCCUUGCUGUUCCUGUUCCUGCUGAUGGCUACCAUGGAACUGUGGAGACUUUCAUGCUGCCCUUCCCCAAAUGUCACACAUGUGUUUGGGAGAAUGACAACUUUGAUAUUCUGAAUGACAUUCUCACGAGUCAGCCGGACCUGGAUUCACUUGAAGACUGUUUUCUAAAAACUGAAAUAGACGAGGAUGAUAAUAAUGACAUCAGUGUGGACGAGGAAGACGAGUUGGAGGGAAACAAAGCGGACCAGGACUUUCAAAGCCACCGCAUCUCCACCGCAUCUUCCUCCUCUAGGGACUCCAUGUUUUCCAGCUUCUCUCUGUCCUCCAGCUGGUCUGUGCCGUCCGGCUCAUCAGGUGUGGAUAGUGACUUCAGCGAGGACACAGGGCACGAGGACACAGAGGAGGGACAAGACGUCCAACCAAAACCUAGAAAGAAACCCAAAAAGAAGUCCAGAUCUCUGUUAGGCAUAGAGCGCUUCUCCAUGCUUUUCAAGAACCCCCGCAGCCCCAGCGCUUGCCGCCGUGCCCAGAGCAUGGGCUAUCGUAGUGAUUUCAUCAAGGACUCCCAAAGAACUGGGCCGCUACUCAAACACUCCAGGUGCCCCUCCAGACUGGGUUGUGCUUCCACUGCUGCCUUAGAUCCUCUUUCCCCCCAGAAGCACGUGUGUGUCCGCAGGAGGCCGAUCCUGAGCUGUGAUGAUGGGGAUGUGGCAGAGGUGCCUACCCUGGUCAAAGUGGUGGUGUUUGGAGGCGACAAAGAGGCCGGCAAGCUGGCGAGGGCAUACAGCGACCUGCAGCAGAAAGAGAGUAAAUGUCCCCGACUCACCAAGACGUGCAAGCUGCAGUUUUACUUUGUGCCCAGCAAAAGGAGAACUGCAGGAGGCCCAGGAGGAGGACACACACCAACCGAAGUGCAGACAGGAAGUUCAACCAAAGCUGUUGUGUCUGUGGAGUCUAAUGACCUUGUGCUGGAGGACUAUACUACACACAUAGCACAGAUGUUGGGCAUGAUGGAUCCCUGGUACAAGCAGAAUGUCCUCAAUCUGCUUAGCCUGUCCUCUGACGUCCUUUGCCAGACUGCUUGUAAGGAAGGUGAUGUCUCAGAGGGCAGCGGCAGCGUGGAGCGUCUUCCCCUGCUGGCCGACCUGGUGCUUUAUUACUGCAGACACGCAGACCAGCCAGUCCUGGUGCAGCUCUAUCAGGCUGAGCUGACUCUGGCUGGAGGAGAGAGGAGAAGGGAAGUGUUUAUUCAUUCUCUGGAGCUCGGGCACUCCGCUGGAACCAGAGCUGUUAAAGCCAUGGGUGCCGCCAGCAAAAGGUUUGGAAUUGACGAAGAACGAGAGGCUGUGCCUUUAACACUAAAUGUUGCUUACAACAAGGUGGCUGUUAGUGGGAGGAGUCAGUGGACCCAGACAGAGAUAGUCUGCACAUCGAUCAAUCUUUACAAAGCCUGCAGGAAGCCUGAGCAGCUGUGCGACGAUUCAAGAAUAGAAAGUCUGCAGCUGACAAUGACAGAGGUCCUGAAGAGGCAGUGCUCCAAGUCUAAAAAGUUCUACAACCAGCACAUCUCUGUAUCAGAAGUGAAGGUGGACAAGGUGCAGGUGAAUGGUGGAGAUGGUGUGACAACGUUUGCUGUGUGUCUGGAUCAGGAUGAGAAGAAGUUCAUCCAAAGUGUGACCAGAUGUGAGGUGUCUCUGUGCUGUAAACCAGGAAGCAGUUCAGACUGGAGGUCCUACAAGCCCUUACCAGGCCAAGUCCAGCCUCUGCACCCGUCCUACUGCUCUCUGCUCUGCCUUCCCAUCACCUCCUUCUCUGCCUCAUAUUCCUGACACACUUCAUACAGCACUGAACCAAACCAAACCAGGGAAUUCAUAUGUUACUUACACAGGGAUGUUUCAGCCAAAGCAACUCAGGAUGCAGAAUAUUUCUACUGAAUAAUGUGUCAAAAUGAAAGCAGAGAAAAUGUUGCACAGUACUAAUAUGUAUGACGUUUAUUAACCGACAUACUGUUUAUUUCAGGUUUGUCCUGUAGCUGAUGUCAGGGUGUGUCACACUGUAAUGAGGAGCAGGAGAGUGUGGUUGUUUGGAGGAUUACUUUCACGCUUCCUAUUGUUUUUCCUUAUCACACAAGACCUCCUACUGUGUAUUAACUGAUGUUGCUGUUCUUGGAUGCAGGAUUCAAGGUCUCAGCAGGACUUUGAGAGAUGUCACUUGUCAGAAAGUUCAAUUAUCUGCUGUCGGCAGCAUAAAACUGGUUACUUGAUUACUAUUGUGUACGUUCUAUUGAUCCUUGACAGGGUAUAUCCCUUUUUUUAAGGAAUGUGUAAUAAACUAAGCUAUUUAUUUUGAAGUCAUAGCAAUAGAAAUAUGUUUUUAUAUGUUUUUAAAUUUUCCUUUUGUCAUAUUUUUAUAUUGAAUAAAAUCAUGUUUCAGUCA